ACGGAAGAGGAGAUUUCAGCAGAAACAACAACACAGACGGGGGGAUAAACGCUGAUAUAAACUGCUUAUUUCUCUUAUUUUAGUCGUUCUCUCUCCUCCCGUCGGCCCAGUAAUGGACGGACCUGUUAGAGCAGCUUCAGACGCCUCGGCCGGACCUCCGCCGUAUUUUAGAGGAAAUGAAAGCUCCCUGGUGUCAGCCCUCAAGACACUGCUGUUCUUCACCAUCCUCAUGGUCACGCUGCCCAUCGGACUGUAUUUUGCAUCAAAGGCAUACAUCUUUGAGGGUUCGAUGAAGAUGUCGAGCUCCGACAGCUACUUCUAUGCAGCCAUCGUGGCAGUGCUGGCCGUGCAUGUGGUUUUAGCUUUGUUUGUUUAUGUGGCCUGGAACGAAGGCACGCCUAAAGGCAAGGGCAAACAUGAUUAAGGCUCGUCCUUAUCAGCUCAUAAGACCGGCAGAGAUGGACUGACGCAGGCAGGAACCCGCAGCCCCACCACCACCACCACCGCCGCCGCCGUCACCACCGCGGGCUUCAACACUUAACACAGCGUCAUCUACAAACCCUGUCUGGUUUGUGCUUAGGCUUUAACCCAAGGUUAAAGCAUGAAACUACUGUAUUUUGCCUGGCAUGGGCGAGUGGAGGCUGUUGGGUGUGUUUUCUCACCAGCAUCAGCAGGCCCGCUUUUUGACUCUUUUGUUCUCUGAAAAAUGUUACUUUUGUUGACAGAGGACAGCCCCUAUUUUUAAGAGGCUUUGUCAUAAGCUGCCAUUCGGCGAAGCGCUGUAAGUCCCAUCACAGUCAUGGUUUGUCAUGUCGGAAAACAUCUUGGGUGUUGACUGAUGCGUGUGUGUCCACGCACAGUUUGUAUAAUGUACACUGUGUAUGUAUGAAGGAGUUGAUUCCUAAAUACCUAAUAUCCAUUCUACUGAUAAUUCUGUCCUCAAAUUUCAGUUCUUAUCUGCAUCAAUUCAGUGACGACUCUUAACGUCAGCAUAAACCCGUAAUGUCUUUAACGUCCACCCUGUAUUUUGGAACAAAACCUUUAUGUCUUGUCUUCAGAAUUGUCUCAUUCAAGUGUUUUUCUUUCUGGUUUAAUGUGUUCCUGUGAUGUAGUUCAGUGACAUUGUGGGAUUUUGAGUUAGGAAAUUAUUGCAACAUCCAAACUGUAUUUAAAUAUGUGUUUUGUAUUGAAGAUGUUUGGUGAUAUGAGAAUGUAGAUGUCCGUAAGGUUGGUAUGCUGCAGAUUAGAGCGUUGAAUUGCUUAAAUAAACUCGACAAAUUCUAACUUUGA